GUCUUUCUCAUUUCAUCCACCGUCGUAUUCUCUCCAACUCUCACUGCAAUUCGCGCUACUGACCUACCCGCGCAUUGCCAAACGAGCUCAUUUUACCGUCCCAUGCGUCGAUCUUCACAACUGCUGUCCACAAUGCCUGAAUCUGCCGCCUCAGAGAGCUCCAACGGAACCAAGCGCCGCCGCAAUUCAAGCACCCAAGAAUUGAGCGAGAAAAGGCCAAGUCUGAGAGUCACCCGCUCCAGAGCAAACACCAGCGAGCCAGAGAACAGGAGCAGUGCCGACAGACUCCGCUACCAUGCUUCGUGGUUAAAGACUCUUGCCGAGAAGGCCGAUGUAGACUUAGAAUAUGCCAAAGAUAUGCAUCGAAGGGCCGAACAACGUAUCAUAAUGGCUAGAGAGUCCCUCGAAUCAGACAUCGCAAGGGAGAAAGUCGCAAAGAAAGCCUACGAUGAGGCAAAGGCUGAAGCAGAAGUCCGGAAUAGGAGAUAUGAGACAGCUAAACGUUGUGUGGAAUCGUGUGAGGACAGUGAAGAAUAAUCUCACUCACGCUGGCCAUUGGGAAAGGUUGGAGACGCAGGCGCUCAAGUUGAGAGACGCCGAGAUAAACCAUUGACCUGGCGGAAAAGUCGAUUUUGAUCUCCUGUUCAAGGCUUUGAGCAAUAGUAGAAGAGUGGCAGAGCGGGGAAGCCAUAGUAUCGAUAUUUCAAUCGUAUAAUAAAAUGUCAUUU